CAUCUUCAGGUAACGAGCCACCAGCCAGGAAGAGUGGAGCCUACAAUAUGCCUCUAGUUGUGCUUGUUGUGACAUUUGCCAUAUGCAUUCUGUUGAAGCUACUUCUACAACGCUGGCGUAAGGAGCGAAGCCUUCCUGGCGGAACUGUACGUCCACCCAUGCCACCUGUGAGCACCAUUCUCGGACACGAAGAACUCUAUUGGCGUGGUUUCCACUCCACGAAAGCAGUCGAAUGGGCCAAGGAGUACGGGCCCGUGUAUAGAUUGAAACUGAACUUUACGGAUGUGGUUGUGCUGAGCGAUGUCCGGAGUAUCAAGGCAUUCUGUAAAAAUAGCGAUGGACUGUAUCGGCCUGGUUGUUUUAUUGUCGGUCGCGACUACAACAAAGGACUGGGAACGCAAAAUGGACAAUGCUGGAUAGCAAACAGGAGGUAUUGUGUGAGCAUGCUGCGCGACCUUGGUUUUGCCAAAACGUCGAUGGAAGAGCGCAUGAUGGAAGACUUCCAUCAACUUAAGGCAAGGAUAGACCAUACAAAGGGUCAGCCUGUGGACAUUCGCCCGCUCAUCUGUUCCUGCGUGACCAACAACAUCUUGUCCUUCUUUUACCCCAAAGGCCUUCCCGGUGGGGACGCAGCUUUGCUUAAGGUGACCACCAUUCUUGACAAGAUAAGAACAACGUUCGGCGGUGUGCUCAUUCAAUUCUCACCAAGCAUUAUCCGAAAUCUGCUCUACUGUCUUCCGUUCACAAGCAAUGCAAAAAUGGACAAAAUAACGAAGAAAAUGGAUAACCUUAUUCGUGACCAGCUCGAUAACUACAAGCCGAGCACGACUGACAACAAAGGACGUGGGUUUAUUGAAGGAUACUGGAAGAAGAUUGAAGAGGCGAGACAAGAGCCAUUGCCAAAAUUUCAAGAGCGAUUUCUGGUGGGCAACGUGAAAGCAUUCCUUAUAGCAGGGACAUUCACCACUACAAACACGAUGCAUUGGAACCUGCUCAACUUUGCCGCAAAACCAGACAUACAAACUAGAGUGCAGCAAGAAAUCGACGAAGUGGUGGGCUCCGAGAGGUUGCCAAGAUGGGAAGAUCGAAGACGUAUGCCUUAUACCCUAGCCUGCGCCUGGGAACUUCAUCGGUGGAAGCCGGCGCCGCCGCUUGGAUUACCAAGAGAGGCUAAUGAGAACAUCGUGAUCGACGGCUUUCUCAUACCAAAAGGUACCGUGGUUCUCUUCAAUCUGUGGGCAGCGCACUACGACGCUGAUCUUUGGCCCGAGCCACAUCGUUUUGACCCUAGCCGGUUUCUUGACAAGGAUGGAUUAUUCGUGCAUACAAAGCUCAAUAAUGUGAUUGUAUUUUCAGUGGGAAAGCGGUCAUGCCCAGGAGAAGUGUUUGCCUCAAUGGAGAUCUUCCUGCUAGUGACAUUUCUUCUGCAAAAGUAUCGUGUCGUCCUCGAACAGCCACUACAGUACAACCUCGACGACCCGAGCACAGGUCUCGACACAUUGGAUCAUGUUAAACUGCGCUUUGUGCCACGUCAUGCAAGUCAAACUUGAACAUUCGGGAAAAAAUUGUUGCCCUCAUGAUGAUGAUUAUUUGUCGGAUUUAUUGGUACAAGGGC